AUGGUAGCUGGAGGAGAAGUAAAGAGGUCUCAGAUGAUGAAAAAUAUCUUCGGAGAUCAAUCUGAGGAAGAAGAGAACGAUUCCGAACAUGAAUCCAAUCCUCAGCCCAAUUAUCCUUCCGAUGAAGCCGAGGGCGGCGGGGAGCCGGAAGGAGAAGGUGAAGCUGAGAUUGAAGUUCACGAGGCUGAAGAAAUUGAAGCUGAAUCUGAAGGGGAACAGGGAGAUGUAGAACGUGAUCCUGGAGAAAGUGAGGGUGAGAGGGAGCAAAGCUCACAGGAGCUUGAUGUUGCUGAUCCACCAGAGGAAAGCGAAGCAAGAGAUAGUGAUAGUGAGAACAAAGAAGAAGGAGAUGAAGAGAGAGUAACCACAAAAAGGAGACGAGAUGUUGUCGAGAGUGGAUCAGAGAGGUCUGAGGAAAAGCAGUAUGAGUCUGAAGAUGAAGAGGUUGAUCAGAUUAGGCCUCCAAGAUCACCUAUUGAAGAGAAGGAAGAGGCUCAAGUUGCACAGUCAGACGUAAAUAUUCGUAAUGUAUUUGGAUCUUCGGAUGAUGAAGAUGCAGAAGAAUACGUUCGGAAUGACAUUGAGCCAGAUGAGCCUAGGUCGCCAAUCGAAGAUGAAGAGGGCUCUGAGAAGGAUCUGAGACCCGACGAUAUGGUUCUUGAUGAUAUCCCUGAAGAGGAUCCUCGAUACGAGUCAGAAGAUGAGCGCGUUGAAACCAGGCAGAGGGAGAGGCCAGUUGGCUUCCCGUUGGAAAUAGAAGUUCCUUUCCGUGAUCCCCCUGGUGAUCCCGUAAAGAUGAACCUGAUAAAAGUUUCCAAUAUCAUGGGCAUUGAUCCAAAGCCAUUUGAUGCCAAGACAUUUGUUGAAGAAGACGCAAUUGAGACAGAUGAACCUGGAACAAAGAAGCGUAUUCGUCUGGAAAAUAAUAUUGUUCGCCAUAGGUUUGUUAAGGGCCGAGAUGGCAAAAUGCAUAGUGAAAGUAAUGCUCGGUUUGUGAGGUGGUCAGAUGGAAGUAUACAGCUAUUGAUAGGAAACGAAGUUCUUGAUAUAACUGAACAAGAUGCACAGCAAGACAAUAAUCACCUUUUGAUCAAACAUGAAAAGGGAAUCCUUCAAUCACAAGGAAAAAUUCUGAAGAAAAUGAGAUUUAUUCCGUCAUCCCUGACGUCAAAUUCCCAUAGGCUUUUGACUGCCCUUGUUGACUCGAGGCAGAAGAAGUACAACAAAGUUAAGAACUGUGUCACUGACAUUGACCCUGAGAGGGAGAAGGAGAAGAGAGAGAAGGCGGAAAGCCAAAACCUCAAGGCUACUACAAAGCUGAGCCAAGCGAGAGAAAAGAUUAAGCGCAAGUAUCCGAUUCCUGCUGAAAGGAGACAACUUACCUCUGUGUACUUGGAAUCUCUUGAAGAGGAUGAAGAGACAGACCACUAUGGUCGCUCAAACCGUGGCUAUGAGGAGGAUCUCGAAGCUGAAGCGCAACGGGAACGCCGGAUUAUGAACGCCAAGAAGAACCACAAAGGCUUUGCGGGGAGGUCUUCAAUGACUUCGGGGAGACCGACAAGGCGUCAAGUGGAGUAUUCUGAGAGUGAGAGAGAGGAAUCAGAAUAUGAGACGGAAGAAGAGGAGGAGGAAAAGUCACUGCCACGACGUAAAAGAGUCAAGGAACCAGAAGAUGAGUACGAGGAAGAUGCAGAAGAAGAUGAGGAGGAAGGAGGCAAGGCUAACAGAUACUCAGAAGAAGACGAAGAAGAGGAAGAAGAAGCUGAGGGAACUAGGGCAGAGAAGGAGCGUGGGAGUAGCCGGAAAAGGAAAGGGAUUGAGUCCGAUGAGGAGGAAUCUCCGCCCAGAAAAGCUCCGACUCAUCGUCGUAUGGCCAUGGUUUAUGACAGUGACGAAGAUUAA